GGGGAGGGGGCGCGUCUCGGCGAGUCACGUUGAUGGCGGCCACCAGCCUGUGGUGAGCUAGCGGAUUCUCUGCUUGUCGCGCAGAGCCCCUCGUGCUUCCUGCAGACUCAGUGGCCGGCGCCGGGAGCGUGAGGAAGCACGGCGGCCAGAACUCGCGAGGAAGGCCGCAGUCGCAGAGGUAGCGGCGCGGCCCGGGCCCAGGGCUGGGGGACAGGCCGCUCCGCAGGGCGAAUGUGACAAGCCCCCACCCCCACCGCCUUCCUCCCGAGUGCGCGAGGAGCGCGGGCGACCCCGGGGCCCCGCCAGGCCACAGACCCCGCCCAGCGGCCAGCACCCGGAGCAGGCCCGGCAGCGGAGCUGCGCGCCGGCACCAUGCUGGUCACCCUGAAGACCCUCCAGCAGCAGACCUUCAAGAUCGACAUCGACCCCGACGAGACGGUAAAGGCACUGAAAGAGAAAAUUGAAUCUGAAAAGGGGAAAGAUGCCUUUCCUGUAGCAGGUCAAAAAUUAAUUUAUGCAGGCAAAAUCCUCAAUGAUGAUACUGCUCUAAAAGAAUAUAAAAUUGACGAAAAAAACUUCGUGGUGGUUAUGGUGACAAAACCCAAAGCAGUGACAACACCAGCGCCAGCUACAACCCAACAGUCAAGUCCUGCCACCACUACCACAGUUAGCUCCUCCACAGCUCCAGCUGUGGCUCAGGCCCCAACCCCGGCUCCCGCUCUGGCUCCUACUCCUUCCCCUGCAUCCAUCACUCCAGCACCAACGACAGCAUCUUCUGAACCUGCACCUGCUAGUGCGACACAACCAGAAAAGCCUGCAGAAAAGCCAGCAGAGACACCAGUAGCUACGAGUCCAACAGCAACUGACAGUACAUCAGGAGAUUCUUCUCGGUCAAACCUUUUUGAAGAUGCAACCAGUGCACUGGUGACAGGUCAGUCUUAUGAGAAUAUGGUAACUGAGAUCAUGUCAAUGGGAUAUGAACGAGAGCAAGUGAUUGCAGCCCUGAGAGCCAGUUUCAACAACCCUGACAGAGCAGUGGAGUAUCUUUUAAUGGGGAUCCCUGGAGAUAGAGAGAGUCAGGCUGUGGUGGACACCCCUCCUGCGGUCAGCACUGGGGCUCCUCCAUCUUCGGUGGCGGCCGCUGCGGCGACUACGACGGCAUCGACAACCACAGCGAGCCCUGGAGGACAUCCACUUGAAUUUUUACGGAAUCAGCCUCAGUUUCAACAGAUGAGACAGAUUAUUCAACAGAAUCCUUCCCUGCUUCCAGCAUUGCUACAACAGAUAGGUCGAGAAAAUCCUCAAUUACUGCAGCAAAUUAGCCAGCACCAGGAGCAUUUUAUUCAAAUGUUAAAUGAACCAGUUCAAGAAGCUGGUGGUCAAGGAGGAGGGGGUGGAGGUGGCAGUGGAGGAAUUGCAGAAGCCGGAAGUGGUCAUAUGAACUACAUUCAAGUAACGCCUCAGGAGAAAGAAGCUAUAGAAAGGUUAAAGGCACUAGGAUUUCCUGAAGGACUUGUGAUACAAGCAUAUUUUGCUUGUGAGAAGAAUGAGAACUUGGCUGCCAAUUUUCUUCUACAGCAAAACUUUGAUGAAGAUUAAAAGGGACUUUUUUUUUUUAAUCUCACACUUCACACCAGUGCAUUACACUAACUUUGUUCACUGGAUUGUCUGGGAUGACUUGGGCUCAUAUCCACAAUACUUGGUAUAAGGUAGUAGAUUGUUGGGGGUGGGGAGGGAGGGAUCUAGGAUAUAGGGCAGGGAUAAAUACAGUGCAUGUCUGCUUCAAUUAGCAGAUGCCGCAAAUCCACACAGUGUGUAAAAUAUUAUACAACCAAAAAUCAGCUUUUGCAGGUCUUUAUUUCUUCUAUAAAACAGUAGGUAACUUUUCCUAGGUUUCACUCUAUUUUUAGUGUACUAGAUCCAGAAAUUUAGUGUAAUGCCCUGCUUUAUAUUUCUUUGACUUAACAUUGGUUUCAGAAAGAAUCUUUGCUACCUAGAAUUUACAGUCUAUUUCAUGGCAACACUGGAUAAUGGCUUUGUGAAAUUGAAAAAAUUUUGCAGCAACCAUAAACAGAAAUGCCAAAUUAUUGAUGGUUAUUGUUGCUGCUUCAAAUCAGAUUGAAUUAAUGUGUAAGGAAGCCCUUUCUUUCAUGUUAAGUACUUAGGGUGGGGGAGGGAGAAGGGGAACCUUUUCUUAAAAUGAAAAUAAUUACUGCUAUUUUAAAAUUUCUUGGUGAUCGAAUGUGAGACCCUUCUAACAUGAUUUGAGAAGCUGUACAAGUAUAGGCAGUUAUUUUCCUGUUUACAUUUUUUUUUCCAGUUUGUUUUGGGAAAAAAUUGAUAGGUGUCUAAUUACUGUUUACUUCAUUGUUAUAUUGCAGUAAAAGUUUUAAAACCACCAUUGCAUGUUUGCUUUUGAUGUAUCCCUUUGUGAAAUUAGCACUUUGGGGCCAAUGGAGAAAUGCAGCAUUCACUAUCCCUCUCUUCCCCAUCCCUCUGCAGAAAUGUGUUUGUCAGUAAGUCGUGAGUUCAAAUUGCUGCCUUUUUUUAAACCCACAAAAUGCUGAUUCAGUUCAAAAUUAAUGCAAAUGUUUCAAAACUGGGUUUCUGAUAUUUGUAAGUGUUUUCCUUAUUAGAUAAGAAUGUAUGACCAUUAAAGUCAUUAGGACUAUAUUACUUUCAAAAAGAGAAGGUGGACAAAAGUAUAAUCCAGCAUCUUUUACUGAAUUGGAAAGACUGGUGGAAUCUUCUGGAAGGGUUGGGAGAUGCAGCUGGAAAAGUACUUUGGAAAAUAUACAAUCAAGAAUAUCUCAUGGCAUAUUAAAAGAAAAAUCUUAAUAGCA